AUGUUAAAUCUAUCUAUCUAUCUAUCUAUCUAUCUAUCUCUGUUAAAUCAAUUGAUCUAUCUAUCUAUCUAUCUAUCUAUCUAUCUAUCUAUCUAUCUAUCUAUCUCUCGCUCACAUUUGGAACGUACACGAAAAGAUCGAGAUGAAACCAAAGAACACAGCAAAUUUCUGUUCUUUAUCUAUCUAUCUAUCUAUCUAUCUAUCUAUCUAUCUGUCUAUAUUUCAGUCUGUGCUUUAUCUAUCUAUCUAUCUAUCUAUCUAUCUAUCUAUCUCUAUUUCAGUCUGUGCUUUAUCUAUCUAUCUAUCUAUCUAUCUAUCUAUCUAUCUAUCUAUCUAUCUAUCUCUACUUCAGUCUGUGAUCUAUCUAUCAAUCUAUCUAUCUAUCUAUCUAUACUUCAGUCUGUUCUUUAUCUAUCUAUCUAUCUAUCUAUCUCUACUUCAGUCUGUUCUUUAUCUAUCUAUCUAUCUAUCUAUCUAUCUAUCUAUCUAUCUAUCUAUCUAUCUAUCUAUCUAUCUAUCCUUCUGUCGGUUUUUAUCUAUCUAUCUAUCUAUCUAUCUAUCUAUCUAUCUAUCUAUCUAUCUAUCUAUGUAUACUUCCGCCUGUUCUUAUCUAUUUACAUCUACUGCAUUGUGUUCUUUCUAUCUAUCUAUAUAUACAUCUAUUUCAGUCUUUCCUUUCUACCUAUCUACAUCAGUCUGUUCUAUCUAUCUAUCUAUCUAUCUAUCUAUCUAUCUAUCUAUCUAUCUAUCUAUCUAUCUAUAUGUAUUCGUUUGUUUUCUAAUGGCUCGACAUUUAUUCAAAUUACUUCUCUUUCUCUCAUUUAUAUUCACCAUUCAUUAUCCACUUUCGUUAUAACCAUUUUUUUCUUCAUUUUCUGUCUUCCUUCAAGAAACUUUUACGACAGACGAAGAGGAUUUUUCUUUCCUUUAUUCCUUCUUAUUUUAUUUUUCCCGCUAAAUUCUAUUUACAUAUUCCUUAUUCAAUCUUUUCUGUUUUACUUUUUUCAUUCCUUUGAAACAAUGUUCUUUACUUUCAUACUGAGAUCGAUCAAUUCAUUCAUAUCUAUCUAUCUUAUCUAUCUAUCUAUCUAUCUAUCUAUCUAUCUAUCUAUCUAUCUAUCUAUCUAUCUAUCUAUCUAUCUAUCUCAACAUUUUUUUUCUAUUCCGUCUUUUCAUUUCACCACCUUUCGUAAGUAA